CAAGAGCAACAACAUUCUGGGUACAGAGGGUGCUUCAGUUCACCUUCCAACACGCCUGCAUCAAGUGAACAAAAUUCAUUUUUUCGGACUUGGUGUCGACCAACUAUUUUACUGCUCUUCUUGGUGCUACUGGUCGUCAUCUUCGUUUUGGUUUCUGGAAUAUUGCUCUACCACAACUAUUUAGUACACAAACCCAGACAAACUGCCUCUAUAGAAGGUCUUCUGGAUUAUCCUGAACCAUGCGAGAAGACAUUCUGCGCCUGGGGUGCUCACUGCAUUAACGGACCCGACGGCAAGGCCCUGUGCCAGUGCCCUACAUUCUGCAAACCGAAGGUGGAUCCUGUUUGCGGUACUGACGGCAAGACGUACACUAAUCACUGCGAACUACGCUUGGCUUCGUGUAAAGCCCGCCUUAAUACCAGAGUUAAAUAUGCAGGCAGUUGUGAACAAAAUGACCCCUGCAGAGACAAGGAAUGCAACUUUGGUUCACGCUGCACAGUAAACCCUGAUGGUCGUAAUGCCACCUGUGUUUGUCCUGAUAAAUGUCCAAAUUACGGAGACCACACUACGUCUAGAGCUGUAUGUGGUUCCGAUGGUGUCAAUUAUGGAAACCAAUGCGAGCUCCAACGAGCAGCUUGCAACUCACAAACAAACAUCACCAUUAAGUUUUAUGGAAAAUGCGAUCCUUGUGCUGGUGUUCAAUGCACCGAGCCCGAAGUGUGCCAGUUGGACGAACAUCGCAACCCCGUUUGCCGAUGUGGGGAUCCCUGUCCCUUAGAGUUUACCCCAGUGUGCGGCUCAGACGGAAAAACGUAUUCCAAUGGGUGCAGCUUACGACAGGAAGCAUGCCGAGCUCGAAAAUUGCUGAAUAUUAUUUACAGGGGAAAGUGCAGUUCUGGAAUAAAUCCAUGUAUGAGUGUCCGCUGUAGUCAAGGAGAAGAAUGCAUCAUUAAUAAAUUCGGGAUAGCCCAUUGCCAGUGCCCGGAAAGUUGUGAGCCAAUUAUGAGGCCUGUCUGUUCUAAAGAUGGGAGCACUUUCACAUCUGAAUGCGAAUUAAGGAGGGCCGGUUGUCUAACAAAGAUGGGAAUUGAGAUCGCAUAUACAGGGAUAUGCGGCGAGAAUGGACCUUGCAGCGAGCACGAAUGUCAAUUUGGAGGUACUUGUGUGGAAAGGGCCGGAACGGCACACUGCGAAUGUCCAGAUUGUCCCGCAGAAUUCGAACCAAUUUGCGGUUCCGACGGAAUUUCCUACAGCAAUGAAUGCAAGCUCAGAUUGGAGGCGUGCAAGCACAGAAGGAACAUUAGCGUGCUCUACGAAGGACCUUGCAAUGGAUGCGAGAACAAAAAAUGUGAUUUCUAUUCUGAAUGUGAGAGCGAUGGUACAUCUGAAGGCCGUUGUGUAUGCCCACUAGCCUGCACUGAUCCAAAGCUAAACAACGGAACAGUUUGCGGUACUGAUGGAGUUACUUACACAAGCGAAUGCGAACUGAGAAUGGCGUCUUGCAAAGCAAAACAAUACGUUAUCUUAGCCUAUAAAGGGAAUUGUGAUUUGUGUCAAGGUAUAGAAUGCAAAUACGGCGGAAAAUGUGAAGCAGGUGAAUGCGUGUGCCCAACGAAUUGCGAACAAGCUGGUGAAGAGCCAGUGUGCGCAUCAGACAUGACGACUUAUCGCAACGAAUGCGAAUUGCAGAAAGCACGGUGUGCCCGAGCGGCCAAUGCUGCGCCCCUUACAGUCGUCUUUUAUGGGGAUUGUAGAGAAAAGUUUCCGUCAGCUGCAGGUUCUUUAAGCAGAAUGGAAGUGAAACCUUGCAAAGGCGAGAAACCAUUAACAGAUCCCUUAACAGCAAGAGAAUUAGACUGCGGCAACGGUCCAUUUAGACAAGACUGUCCUGCAGGGAGCUACUGUCACCAAACCGCCAAAUUCGCUAAAUGCUGUCGCAAAAAUGAACCAACAGCGGAUAAAAAAGGCUGCGAAGAAAGCUGGUACGGAUGCUGUCCUGACGCAAAAACUUCCGCACAAGGUCCAAAUUUCAGCGGGUGUCCUUCUACUUGCGAUUGCAACAAAUUAGGAUCUUAUUCAGACAUUUGCGACGCUCAGACUCAACAAUGCCGCUGCAGACCAGGCGUCGGCGGAGCCAAAUGUGAUAGGUGUGAACCAGGCUUUUGGGGAUUACCAAAAAUAUCUACAGGGUACCAUGGAUGCAUACCUUGCGCUUGCUCAAACUUUGGAUCCGUUAGAGAUGACUGUGAACAAAUGACGGGGAGAUGUGUGUGCAAACCAGGAGUACAGGGUCAAAAGUGUACAGUGUGCACCAACCACAACAAAUUUUUAGGGCCUAAUGGAUGCGUCACUGCCACCGAAUUAGCUAUGUCUUCAAAUCCCUCAACAUGUACAGAAAGAACGUGCUACUUUGGAGCAACAUGUGUUGAAAAAGAUGGUUCCGCUUUAUGUCAGUGCCAUGUAAAUUGUACCAACGAAAAAGAAUCGCCCCAAAUGGUUUGUGGCAGUAAUGGGGUAACUUACAAUUCAGCCUGUGAUCUAAGAAUGCAAGCGUGCAAAUCGCAAAAAGAUAUCGUCCUUCAAGCUUUUGGAUCAUGCAGAGAUGACAUACAAAGCACAGACUGGCCUUAUAGUGGUAUUAACCACCAGCAAUUUACUCAACCCGAUGAAAUAAGUUCACCACUUUCGAAAUCAACUCGUCAUCUCCUAGUACCCGAUCCCCGAUAUUAUUAUGAAAGAAGCAGCAAUGUGAGACCAGUGUCAUUCCCAGAUAACACUGAUUUUAGUAACAGUGAACCAGGAUCCAACAUACUGUAUCGUAAUCGUGGUGGCGACUUUGCUCCUGCUUACCGUCCAACCCCAGCCACAGUUCGAGUUAUAACGGCCUUAUUAGGCGAUUUGUGUUCAGAUAAUUCCGAUUGCGUCAUUUCGAACAGUCACUGUGUUAAAGGAGCUUGCAUAUGCCUUCCUAGCUAUGUCGAAUCAUCAGAACGCCAGGAUUGUUUACCCGGUUCAGAUGACCCAGAUGAGUUUCCAGCCUGCAGCAGCGCGCCCUGCAUUCACGGGGGUACCUGUAUCGAUCUACCAGCCUCAACGUAUGCAUGCGUAUGCACUGCAAACUACACAGGACUACUGUGUGAGACAGAAAUUACACAAGCUCAAUACAACAUUCCAGCUUUCCAUGGACAAUCGUUUGCAAGGCUUCGCGCUCUCAAGGCCUACCAUAAACUUAGCUUAGAAGUCGAGUUUAAGUCUUAUACAGACAAUGGUGUGAUUCUUUACAACCAGCAAAAAGCUGAUGGGCUAGGCGACUUUGUUUCAUUGGCUAUUAUCAAUGGUUUUAUUGAGUUUAAGUACAACUUAGGAAAUGGUGCAGUAUUAAUUCGUUCUGUAGAUAAAGUGAAAAUCGGUUUCAAUCAUAAAGUGGUGAUCAAGAGGUACCAUAGAGAUGGAGUUUUAAAAUUGGAUGAUGCUGAAGAAGUUGGAGGACAGUCUGGUGGGAAUUUAAAGGCUUUAGAUUUGUUGGAAGAUACAUAUAUUGGAUAUGUUCCCUCCAAUUUUACCAGGGUUUAUGAGAACAUUGGUACAAACAAAGGUUUCCAAGGCUGCAUAACGAAAUUUAAAAUCGGUAGGCAAGACGUAAAAUUGCAUAUAAAGCAAGAAGACUGGAUUAUAGAAAUUAAAGGAGUAUAUGACUGCAGUGAGCACGCUUGCAAAAGUUUCCCUUGCAAAAAUGGAGGAACAUGUAUGAAGGUUGAAUCUGAUUUAUAUCGCUGUGAAUGUCCAGAUCAGUUCACUGGAGAUUUCUGUGAUAAAGCACAAACAACUUGUAUAGGGAAUGAAUGUGAAUUUGGACCAGAAUGUCAUUCAGCUCAAUGUCACAAAGGCCCGAAGAUUCAGCAAGUAUUAACUCCGGAAUUCAAUGGGAAUAGCUUCAUCCAGUUUCCGCAACUUGAGGGUAUCAAGAAAAGAUUUUCGAUCGAAGUUAACUUUAUGUCAAAUGCUGCAAACGGUCUGAUUUUAUACAAUGGCCAGAUGAAAAAUGGAAGAGGUGAUUUCAUUUCAUUGAACAUAGCUCGAGGUUAUGUACAGUUUAGGUUCAACUUAGGAAGUGGAAUCGCUAACUUGACUUCAACUCCAAUUACUUUAAAUAAAUGGCACAAUGUACGAAUAUCACGAGAAGGUAGGGAAGGCAGUUUACAACUAGAUAAUGGAACUGUUAUUCGCGGCUACUCGGGAACCCCCCUUACAGAACUCAAUUUGAAGACUCCCCUCUAUAUUGGAUCUGUUUCAAAUUGGAAACAAAUUCAUCGACUCUCGGGUGCUUCAAAAGGAUUAAAAGGCGCUAUUCAAAAAAUCACUUUCAAUGGUGCUCCAUUGCCAAUUACUAAUCCACUACCAGAUUGCAUUGCUGUUGUGACCCACAACAUUUCUGGAUGUAGUUCUAAUAUUGGUUACUAUAUCGGAGCACCUUGUGCUUUGGAUAACAAUCCUUGUCUCAACAAUGGCGAAUGUGUACCGAACUUGGACAACUUUACCUGCAGGUGUACCGGGAAUUAUAUAGGAAAAUAUUGUGAAAUAGUUGACGAAGAAAACGUAGCAAUCAAAUUGAGUGGCGCAACAUUCUUACAAUAUCGAAACAGAGGAUAUAGAAGUGAGAACCUAACUAAUUAUACUGACAACGAUGAAGAUAUUAGUAACAAAACUCUAGAGGAUGAUGAUGGCGAGAUAGACAACGAUUUUUUCGAUGAACUUAAUUUAGAUUAUGAUUCAGAAGAUUUAGAUAUUCUAAGAAAGCCCGAACGGGGAAACAGAUAUGAAAUAAAACUGCGCACGUUCGUGUCAAAUGGACUCGUUUUAUGGCGAAGCAAAAACAGAAGCCAGCUACAAAAUUACCUGUCAAUUGCCAUAGUUGAUGGAUAUCCAGAAUUCAGCUUCAACUUGGGACGUCAAGAACCCUUUUGGGCAAUUAGGUCUCGAACCAAAGUUGAUGAUGGUCAGUGGCACUUAAUUCAAGUACGACGAAGAAAGCGUGUUGGCUUCAUUUCAGUAGAUGGUCAGGUUCCUACCAAAGGUGUUGCUAAGACUGGAGCCAUUGCUUUGAGAACUAAUGCCAAACUUUGGAUAGGAGGAUCUUCUGCCCUGCCCAUCGGUUUGCCAAGCUCAUACUAUAAAGGCUUCGAUGGAUGCGUUCAGAAGAUUUUAAUCCACGGAAAACCCCUAGACUUGUUGUCAAAUAACGAUAUAAGUAAAAUUAGUUUCUGUCAUGACAAUGAAAUCUAA